AUGGGGGCUGCUGCUGCUUCCAUGCAGGAACUGCUGCUGGAAUUUGAGUCUGAAAUGCAGAAGAGGGAGCAUGAAUUCCGACUAAAGGCUGAUAACAUGAGCAACGUGGUCUUGUCCCACGAGCUCAAGGUUAAACUUGCAAACAAAGAGCUGGAGGCUCUGAAGGAGGCUGGAGCCCAGGCAGCAAAGUCUCUGCAGAGGGCUGAGGCGGUGAAUGCUGAGCUGGAGAGGAGGCUGCAGGGCCAGGCCUGGGAGCUCCAGGGCCUGGAAGCCGCAAAAGAUGCCCGGAUAAAAGACUUGGAGGAUAAGCUUCACUCUCUGCAGCUGACCAGGAGAAAAGAAGAGGAAACAUUUAAGAGGAAGCAUGAGGAGCUGGAUCAUCUGGCCAGGGAGAGGGACUUGAUGCUGACAGCAGUGAAGGGUGCCCACAUGGAGCAGCUGCAGACCCUGAAGUCCAGGGUGCUGGAGCUGCAGGCCCAGUGCAAGACCCUCGAGGGACAGGUGCACAAGGCUGUGCACUCAGCUACUGCUGCCAAGGAAAAGGACUCUGUCAUCAGCAAACUCCAUGAAGAUGCAGCAGCUCUAAAAGCUGGCUGGGAUGCCCAGAUUGCUCAGAUGUCCAAAGAGGCAAUCUCCAAAGACGUUCAGGUUCAGAUGCUGCAGGAAGAGGAAGCGAAGCUUAAGGCACAGGUGGCCAGGUUCCAGCAGGACAUAGACAGGUACAAACAACAACUGUCACUGGCAAUUGAAAGGGAACGGAGCCUGGAGCGUGACCAGGUGCAGCUGGGCCUGGACUGGCAGCGCCGCUGUGAUGCUGUUGAACGGGACCAGAUCCAGAGGUCAGAGGCUUUGAUCCAGAGCCUGACCGAGGCCAGAAAUCAGGUGGCCGCUAAGCUCCAGGAGACUGAACGAGUACUGCAUGAGCAGGAGGUGGUGCUGAGGGCUGUGGCCCUGGAGCGAGACCAGGCCAUGGAGACACUGCAGACACACGGGCUUCUCUCUGGACAGGAUGUGCAGAUACCAAAGCAGCACAAAGGAGAAAUAAGUAAGGAGUUUCCAUCCACUGAGAUCCAGCAGCUGCAAGAGCAGAACACAAGCUUGCGGAAUGCUGUCACACAGAUGAGGAGGGAAAUGGAGGCACUAAGCAGUCAGAUCCCUCCUAUGCAGUUAGGAGAGAGACUGGGGGCAAACAGGCCCGAUUGUAGGGCUGGAGGAGAUGCAGCCCCACCUGAUUAUGCUCUGGCCCUUGAAGCAGAAGUGCGAAACCUGCAGCAGAAAUUUAAAACCCUGGAAGAGCAGCUAGAAGGUGUGUCAGAGCCUCCAAAGAUGUCCUCAGGCACUGUGGAUCUGCACCCUGAUGCCUGCAUCUCCACAGAGACCCCAGGAGGAUCUGCCCAAGCUGGCCAGGUGUGCACUAGACUGGCGCUCAGGAAGCUUGGAGAUAGGGUGCAGCUCUUGACCUUGCUGGUGAUGCAGCUCAAAAACAAGGUUCGGCAGAAGCCCCUGGUGCUGGACACCAUCCAGCGUGAGCUUUCACAUGGGGUGGACCAGGUGCACCUGGAGGUUUUGGAGCUGUGGAAGCAGGUAGCUGAGCUGGAGGAGCAUCUUGGAGCAGUCCGGCAGGAAGGUGGGGAGUCUUCCCAGCAGAGGCAACCCAAGAGAGAGGGCCUCACUGAUGGGAGACCUAUGGACACUGAGAACCAGGGGCAAUUCCCCACGUAUCCCCAGCCAGUGGCACAGCCCCUGCAGACCUUAUCUGCACCCUACCUGCAGCGGAAGCUAAAGGAAGCAACCAGAAAAAUCCUAAGCCUCUGCCUGGAAAAGGAGCAGCUCAUCGAAAUGGGGAACCGCAUGCGCUCUGAGCUAGGCCAUGUUAAAGGGAAGCCAUCUCCUCAGACCCUUCCUCCUACCCCUGAGACCCAGGACUCCAGUGAGGUGCCUGAAGUGCCUUUGCAUGAUCCACCUUUGGGACAGGUGCAGCCCCACAGGACAGCUCAGGACCCAAAGCACACCAAGAAAAAGUGCUUUUCUGAAUAUGCUGGAAAGAAUGAAUCCCACUCAGCACAGACAAUCAUCAGAGGCCCUAAGGCAGGUGCUGCAGCAAGACCCACUCAGAGGCAGCACAAGAUCCCUGCUGUGACUUGCAAAUCAACUCAUGAGAAAGAAAACAGGUUCCCAAAGCCACCCCAGGCUCAAGAAGUCACUGAGGAGAACAGUCACCAUGCCCACAGAUCAUCAUCGCUUGCCAGCAAUUCUCUCCAGGAGACCUGGCAGUUACUGGACCUGGGGUCCAGCCCUUCUGGCCUCCCUUCCCAGGAUGAUUCCAUUCCAGGCUGUAGUUAUAAGGACCAGAAGUUAAGAGUCCCCCAUACGCAAAGAGAAAGCCGGACAGAUAUUCAAAGCCACCAUUUUCAGAAGCCGAACUGCAGGCAGCACAGGCCUGUAAUCCUUGGGAGGAGAGCAGAGGAGGAGCUCCUGGGCUGCAGAAGAGCAGGUGUCACACAGUUCAAAGCCUUGCUGAGCUGAGGACCUGGAACGUGGCAUUUGGAGAAGCAAGAGGGGCAGCAGAGGCCAGAAAGGAGGAAGUUAUGCAGAAAAGAGCCCCAGAAAUCCACUUGAGACUUCUCUUGAGUCUUUGCUGAGUCCUGGCCCACAACUACAUAGAAUAAAACUCCACACAGAGGAGACACAAGGGGCUUGGGGUGGAGCUGGGUGGUGGAGCAUUUGCCUCACAGCUGUGAGACACUAUGUUCAUCCCCACAGUGAAAAACAGCACAACAUGGUGAAAAGCAGAGGCCAGCUGAGGUUUACACCUACAAUCUUAGCAUUCAAGAGCUGAGGCAGGAAGAUCUCAAGUUUGAGAGUAGCUGAGACCAGCCUGAGCUGCAGAGUGAGCCCUCGUCUCAAAAACAAACAAAACUCCUUAGUGGCCUGAAGGAUACUCUCUACCAGUCUAACAGAAAGAAAAGGCAUGGGGGACAAUGGAAGGAUUUGAAGAAAUUAUGACUAAGUUGUUUUCUAACUUGGUAAAACUCCUAAAUCACAGAUCCAAGAAACUUAACUACCCUACUCCAAGCAUCAGGAUAAACACACAUGUGUGCCCACACAUGCAUGUCCACGUUCAAGGUGUACAUGUCUGCAGCCUGGGAAACAUCAUAAUCACAGUUUUGAAAAUCAGUGAUAAAGAGAAAAAUCGUAAAAGUAAUUAGAAAAAUGAAAGGGCUGGGAAAGCCGUGUGCUUGCCUGGCAUGCGUGAGGCCCUGGGUUCCAUCCCCAGUAUUGAAAAAAAGAAUUAAGGCAGAUAAAGACUUUUCAGACAGACAAAGUCUGAUGGAACUCAUCACCAACAGUCUCACACUACAGACCAUUCUUCAGGCUGGAGGAAACUGACAGCAGAUGGAAGCUCAGAUCAACAGAAAGGAAUGCAGAGUCAGACAUGGUAAACAUGGGACUACAUGAAAAAACAGCUUUAAUUUUUAAAAAAGAUAAUUGACUGUUUAAAGAACAAGUAAUAACAAUGUAUCAUAGACCUUGUGAUAUAUGUAGAAGUAAAAUGUGUUACAAAACUGCCACAAAUGAUGGGA